UGUAUUUUCAGCUUUGUGUCCUCGUUGUGUUGUUUGUAGUUUGUAUCUCAGUGUUCCCUCGGUUUUUAGAAACAAUGUGAAGUGUCUCGGCUGAAUUCUGAGCCUUAUACAAUUGACACUGCUAAAGGCUUUUGGACUAAACGCUAACCUUAGCCGCAAAUGCUAACAACUGUGUGACAGUGUCACAGCUCAGUAUAAUCCCAGAAAGAGUUUAAAGUGAAUUGAGAUUGAAAUUUGCAGGAUUGUUGGGCACUGUCAUCCGGACGUGGCGCUGAUACGUUGUUACUGUAUUUAGCAGCUAAUUUUACUCAUGUAUAAUUAAAACAAAUUGGAAUUAUACUGAUUUCUUUGCUGCUAUUUAGACUGACUGAUAGCAGCAGUUAAAAUGUAAAAAUCUCAAAUAGGGACGUGUUUUCAAAAUGCGCUGUGAAAGAAUAGUUAUUCUAUAUUUUAUGUCUUAAUCUUUGUAAAAUAGUGUUCUGUUACAAUUCCACUAGAUGGUGCCCAAGAUCGUAUUAUGAGACACAGUAACUUUGACACAGUCAGCCCUUCAGCACUAAUGCCUCAGUUUAAGGAUAGAAAAUGGAAAUCAAUCCCAUGAUCUGAUAAAGAAGUAAUUGGAAUCGAUAAGAGUUUGCCAGAAUAACAGGCAUCUUUAGAUUUAGACCACUCCGUUCCACAUACUGCAACAUGUUUGUGGGAAAACAUGAAUAUGUUUGAAUUUAAAGGGUUAAAAUAAAGCCCACUCAAUCAUUCUGCAAAAAUACAAUAGUUAAAGGACAUGCUGAAAUAACAAAUUGCUUAACUGUAUACACAUUCCUUUCAGCGUUUGCAAUUCAAAAGGUCUCUCCUGACUUGAAUUGCUAUAUGUAACAACUUUAGAAUACUACUACUGACAGAGGUCACCGGUACGAUGUCUGCCUCUGGGAAAUUGGCAUCUUUCCGUUUGCCUCCGCUGCCUACCAUAGGUGAGCUGAUAAAGCUGUACAAUCUGCGAGCUGAGAAGCAGCUGUCCCAGAACUUUCUGCUGGACUUGAGGCUAACAGACAAAAUAGUGCGUCAGGCAGGCAGUUUGAGGGAUGCCCAUGUGUGUGAGGUGGGUCCUGGUCCCGGGGGCCUGACGCGCUCCAUCCUCAAUGCUGGUGCGGCGGACGUGCUUGUGGUGGAGAAAGAUACACGUUUCAUCCCUGGGCUAAAGCUGUUGUCUGAGGCAGCACCGGGGAGGUUGAGGAUUGUCCACGGGGACAUACUCACCUACAGAAUGGACCGAGGAUUCCCAGUAAAUAUCUCUAAACCAUGGGAGGAAGAUCCACCAAACCUUCACAUCAUAGGGAAUCUUCCAUUCAGUGUCUCAACCCCUCUUAUCAUCAAGUGGUUGGAGAACAUAGCCAACAGGACGGGGCCUUUUGUCUACGGACGCACCCGACUCACACUCACUUUCCAGAAAGAGGUGGCACAGAGGUUGACAGCCAGCACAGGCACCAAACAGAGGAGCCGUCUGUCCAUCAUGGCUCAGUAUCUCUGCACUGUCCGCAACUGCUUCACCAUCCCUGGACGGGCUUUUGUCCCCAAACCAGAGGUGGAUGUGGGAGUAGUUCAUUUCACCCCUCUGGUUCAGCCCCAGAUCCAGCAGCCCUUCAAGCUGGUGGAGAGAGUCGUCAGAAACAUAUUCCAGUUCCGCAGGAAGCACUGCCAUAAAGGAGUAGAAAAGUUGUUCCCGGAGGCGUGUCGUAUGGAGCUGACACAGGAGAUGAUGCAGAAGGCAGACGUGGACCCCACUCUGCGCCCUACAGAUCUCACCAUACAACAUAUCAGGGCUUUAGUGGAUGCCUACGCUUGUCUGAGCGCCCAUGAGCCCAGUCUCCUCAGCUACGAAUACAGAGAGGAGCUCAGACUGAAGCACAUCGCCAGGCAAACAAAAGCGCCAGCGGACACGUGUAUGGACACGCCAACCAGCAAACCACCAAGCCCUCUGCAACCCUGCUGAAAAAAAAAAAAAAAA